UCAGAGAGUAAUUACAUUUUGUUUUAUUGAUGAUGCUGUGGCACAAGGCAGUCUGCACAGCUCAAUCAAGUCAGUUUGUGGUUUGGAAAAAGAGCACAAAUGUAUGUUUGCCGAGUGGAUUAGGGUAGUGUGUAAAAGAAAAAUCAUUUACAGGCCAUGGAGUGUUUGUUCUGAGGUGUGUCUCUGGAUCCCAGAAUAAAAACUGCUGUAGCAUUAAUCCUUUACAGCAAAGUAGGUGGUUUAUUAUUACUAUUAUUAUUAUUAUUACUAAUUUUGUAAAGGCCGUAGAAAUAUUUUUCAUGUCAUUCUACUUAUGCUGAAGGAAAUGAGCACUUGUCCAACUUGUCAAUGCAGGUGUGGUGGUUUGUGUCGGGGGGGGGCAGGAUGCCAUAGGAAGGUUGGGUUUCUGUGUGCUUCUCCUGACCAAUGCUGACAAAGGCACAGCACAGUGCAAACAGAGGACAGUUGUUUUUCAUUAGUUUUCCUCAUGUCAGUUCUGAGUGGGUGACAUUUACAAAUGAGCAUGUUGUUCUGCAGGGAAGAUAGAAUUUAUGUUUUUGCAGACAAGAUGUGAUAAGACUUUAAUUCAAGCACUGUGUGAGGAAGAGUGGUUCCUAAAUAGGGGUCUAAAGCCAGACUGUGGAACAGACACCCAAACAUGAAGCAUCUGACAUGCUGAUGUGGAUACAGGUCCUGGUUUCCACCACUUCCUUUAGGAGGCCGUAAAAUUUUACAGAGAGUUUCUUGAAGGUUUUAGUGGCAGCUGCAAUAACAAGGUUUGACCCAAAAGUCAAAGAGAGAGCACUGAUGUGAACUGACCUGAAAUUCAGCCAGGAUACCACCUCCAUCCUGUGUUUGGACCAUGAGCCUCAGUACCAGCUGAGUGGGGACCUCCCAUUCCCAAUGGCUAACCCUUACCAUGUCUCUCCUUCCAGCUUCACAUGGUUAUGUGGCCAGGUUCACCGCAACCUUCUCUCCAAGUUCACUGGUCAAGUUGUGGAGCUGUUUGACGAGGAGUUCCGCCACCUCUAUGCACUGUCGAAGCCAGUGAGGGGACCGAAGUCUCCACCACGCACCAUGCCCUUCCUCUUCAGCCAGAGCUGGGCCCUGCCACGCAGCCUCCCUGACAGCAACGAGGGAAGUGCUAACACUCUUUCAGACCCCUUGAGCAGCCUCUCAACCGGAAGCAACCAUCAGACCAAGCAAACCCCAAGAACUCUCAUAUUCAGCAGCAAUUUCACCCCCCAGUCACCUCUGCAUCGAGUUAAUUCCUUCCACAGCUUUGUCUCAUUCACACCCCCCCCAGCACAGCAGACCAUCCAGGCUAACUUCUACCAGCCACACUACGUGGCCGAUAGCUCCACAGCUCUUUAUAACAACAUGAACAUUUACCGACCUGUAAGAGUUAGACAAGAGGAACCAAACAGGACAGGCUUAAACUCACCCUGGAGAUGCCUCCAUAAAGGUAACCUGUUUGCAUAACCGUCACCUUGGUUUGAGUUGCAAGUAAACCUAGUGAGGACAUGUUUAGCAAUUGCUUGUACACUGACGAAUACAGAAAUUCUGCAUAAUACAAAAUAAGGAUGAUUUCAGGUCUCUUGUUUUGUUUUGGUGCUUAUGGAUGCUUCGUUUCCCUAAUUAAAAAGCCACCUGCUAUCAUGUAAACGCUGGCUGCAUUACAAUCCCAGUAAGAACAAACCUAACAAUGCUGCUCACAGUGCAACAUUGCUGCUGCCAAGCACCUGCCUGUGGUACCAUUUUUGUGUAUCAAUAGAUUGAGGUGGUUUUCGUGUGGCCAGGCACCUGAAAGCAGGCUAAGUCAGUUUCUUACUCUGCACUUGAAGCAGUUGCGUAAGGAGCUAAUUCAGGAGGGCGAAGGCUGCUAUUUACGUGCCAGACUGACAUGCUGCUAGUAGUCUACCUUCACUCCAUCAUCACAGCUCAGUCUCGAUGUAGAAGGAUUCCUUUGGGGCUGAUAGGGAAGCACAGUUCCCACCUUCGUGCUGCCCAUGAUGCAGUCUGCUUGAGGUGUGCAACAAGGAUGCCUGUUUGCAGGGUUUGUCUGAACAGGCCUGCAGACUGUGAACUGGACGGAGACCAACAGCUCAGGGCACAGAGGACAUCCUGCAGUCGCCGUACGCUCGGUUUCACUCAUUAGCAACAUGGGUGCAUUCCAGCACGCUUUGUUCAAAACCUCCAGUCCCACCAGCUCAGAGCAAUUUUCCUCACUGCAGAGCAGCUGUGUAGAUUCAGACUGGAAAAUGAAGCCAAGGAAGGAAGCAAAGUCCUGCUAGCAACACAUCUUUCCAGUACUGAGUUCCAGUUCAUGUAAAAGUACAUGGAUCUUGGAAAUGCUCUUAGUGGUUGUUUGACAGAACACUGAGUUGAAGAUAAAGGUGAUGUAAAGGAGUGCCUUGAAAAAAAGGGCGUAACAGGGGUUCAGCAGCUUGAACCAAAAUGCCUGCAAACCUGAGAAACGUUUGGUCAGAUAACCCAUGAGAAUGAAGGAAGCUUCUGUAAGCACAAAGCAACAAAUAGUGAGAUAAUUCAUGAAAUAUAAAGGAUAUAAGGGAUGUCCAUCCAUGUCCCAAAGUCACUCGAUACACACAAUUUUCUGAUGUAUCGACACUUCAUUGUUUUUUUAAUCUGCUUUCCUCUAUCUUUCAUCUGACUCCAACAAAAGCCAGCAACCCAAACACAUUUGCUCAUCUGAUGCACCUCGCUGUUUUGUCCCUUGUUCAGUAAGGUUAAGGAAUUAAAUUGCAUUCUUUUUCUGUGGAUGAUGAACAUUGCACGUAGCAGCUAAAUUUUACGUGAGGAGUUUCUCACCCUUGGAAGAGCUACAGCUUUAAAAAUAUACCAGUAGCGUUUACAGAACAUUGUAAAGGGUAAAAGACAAUGCAUGCUGCACGAGCAUGUGAACAUUUUUACUUGUGGAAUCAGAUUUUGGAGACCAAAAUAACACUAAACCCUUGCAUAUCAUUGUAAAUGUCUGUACAUAACAACAUUUUUUGAUUCCUUGGGAAGAAGGGAAGUUUUCAUUCCUAUGAGAAUUCUAUUGAAGUGUCUAAAUACGACAAGGAAACAGGGUAAAUAAAAGAGAAGACUUUCAUUAAAAUGUCUUUGAGAAUCAUUUUGUUGCUUCAUCUUCUCUUCACUUGUGCACCUUACUAUCUUUGCUUCCUGAAUCAUUUCAAUAAAGCCAGAGCACAGCUGAUAAGGAAUUGCAUUUUGUUCGUUCUGAAACUGCCAGGAGCAGGAUGAAACGUGUGUCCCCACUGCCUAACUGUGAUUUUUCUUCUGAAUUUGGUUCGGUCCCUCGAUCCUGUUGCGGCUCAGCUGUGGGUGGCAUGGAGGGGGGGUGUGGGCUCACUGCUCUCUCAUUCUGAAGCCUUCAUUCUCUCCAGCCAUGACCCAUGAAAUCCAAACAGGAGCCCUUCUCAUCACUGGGCCCACACGAUGUCCCAGAGAAGCACAGCAAAUGAGAAGUAGGUGAGGGGCAUGCUAAUUGCACUGAUGGAGUGCUGUGAGUUAAGAACCAAUUUCAGCUCUGGAUCAGGGAUGCAGCUUGCGUUAAUUCAGACGACAGCUGAACCCGAAUGUCACAUGAACGGAAUUUCACUUUUGAUGGAAAACAAUCAAGAGUUUACCAUUUCAGUAAGGAGUUAUGCCAGAAAUGCUCGCAGGCUCCCACAGGCUUGAUUGCUCAGCGAUGAAGGGAAUGUGUGCUUACAGGCAGCUGCAGAAAGUACCUGUUGGGAAGGUUGGAGCUGGAUGCUGACAUCCCUCACCAGCCAACUGCAAGGGAAGGGCUGGUACAAACACUGCGACCGCAUGCUGAGAGCGCGGUGUGAACCUCGCUAGUUCCAGCAGUAACACCUUCCUUCACCUCAGAAGCAGGGAGCAGGAUUCAAAUGCUCAACAGCACAACAUUUCACGAGCCUGUGCUUGCACACACUGAUCCUUCCAGGAGCAUCAGAACUGGGAUUAGAGGGUCCUGCCCCAGGGCCUGGAUCAUGAGAAAGCAUCAAAAUGACAAAGCUGGUAACAGUUAACAGAUUCUUGCAGUUGGCAAUGCUAAAUUUGUUAUGUAACUCAGUGGGGAGUACCAGUGCAAGUAUUAAUACCAAUAAAAUUAAUACUGUAAGAGUCAAAACACGAAGAAAGCUGUUGCAGGCAAAUGUAGAAUUAUGCGGAGCACAGAAGUGAUGCUGAAGCAUUCAGACACAAGGUGGAAGUGUAAAGCCCCUCUGAGAUCAGCAGCAGAAAGCUGGGGUUGAGGUGGCAUGCUGAAAGUGAGGAGUGAGCCAGAAAAGGAGGAGUGCAAGUAGCCGAGGUGAGAGAUAGCCAGCACAAUGAGACCAAGGAAUGUUCCAUAGCCCAGUGCAAUAAACACUGCUGACUUGGAGCAGUAACUACGCAACGCAUUCAGAGCAACAUUAUGUUGUUUUCUUUGCAGUAGUUAAAAGCAACAUUUUUGCUUUAUUGCUGUAUUUGAGAAAACAGUGCUUGUUCUUAAGGAGUGCUGCUUGCAUCCACCCUGCCAGGUGCUGGGGAAUUCACUGCUGUGCUGCCAGUGUGAGACAACCACAUGUUCACCAACCACACACACCAAAGUCCCCAAAUGGCACAGGCCAUGGCACUGUGUGUUUUGGACAGCUCAAGUCAUGAAACAACAGCAUUUGGCAAGCAUUUCACAUGCUGCUAUUUCCACCUUCUAAACAGUGGAGCCAAAUCAUCUGGUGAAUUCCUGUGAAAUAUCUCUACAAACCUGGAUCCACAAAAGCUUGUUCCAACAUCGUAACUACAGAACUUAAUUAAGAGCUGUGGAAAGCAGAUUAUGUCCCUUGGGGCUGCUCAUGACCAUAAGUUUAAAAAGAAACUGGGAGAAGUUCCUGUUCCAGUAACUCAACUACUUUUGCUGAUAUGUUUGGCAUUUUGUUUGCUGUGCCUUUGUUCUAAGACAUUCUAUUGUUGAUGGCAAUGUUGUAAUUACUUCACAGUCCAUUAAGGACAGUCACUACUGAAAACACGAGGGCAGGUUGCUUGAUGAAAGCACUUAGCCCUGUGUGCAUCCCAGGUGGGCUUCACUGCCAUCUCAGCACUGCUCAACUCAUGCACAUACACAACAAUUUCCACCUAGCAAACACACGCAUGACUACAAUGAAUAUUCUGUAAUAUGUUAUGAAUUAAUGCUUACCCACAUAUACUUGCCAAGGCAUCAGCUUUCGUAACAAGCUGGCCAGGAUGUGGUUUAAUCGCAUUAAGUCACCAAACUAUCAAAGAUAAUUUGACAUGGCUGAAGGCAAUAUUCCAUUUUGUUGGAGAGAUUUUACAGCCGGUUUAGCAGGAGGGUACACUAUACCAAGUGUUAGCAACAGAUGUCUUAAUAAGCACCUUAAAGCUUUAAAAUCCAUCUCAAAGUUGCAGCUGCAUCUAAAAAG